UAAAGCUUCAACCUCGGUAUAGAACAAGAGAACUUUUUUUGUUUAUAUCGCGGAAAAGGCCGCAGGAUGAACCGGAAACUGACCAGGGAGACGGCCCAGCAGCACUGUCUCACCUGCCUGUUGAAGCUGGACAGCGAACAGGAUCCGGUUGAGGUGGCCAACAGCCAGGAGCUGCAGCAUCUGCUGCACCAACACCUGGACUGGCCGCUGGAAGAAGAGCUCCAGCUGGAGAAGUGGCUGCCGCAGCAGCUGUGCCCGCCCUGUCGUCAAGAACUGCAGCGUUUCGAGCAGUUCCGACGGCGGGCGAUCGAGUGCCGUCUCCAGCUGCUGGACCUGCUGAAGGAGGACCAGUGCACGGAGCCCUCGUUCGAGAUUGUGUACGAGGAGCCAGCAACUGAGGGUCAGGACGAAGAGUCGCUGCACAGCCUGGAACCACCGGACCCCGACCCAGAUCCCGAUCCCAUCGACGAGCCUGCUGCAGCAACACGGCCAGAAAGUGGACAGGGCCAGACGGAGAACGAGGCCAAGGCGGAGAAGCGAACCUCACGGGGCGCGAGAAACAGCCUGAAAUGCAGCCUGUGCCAGCACAGCUUCGCCCACAAGCUCACCCUGUCCGCCCACAUCCGCAAGGUGCACGAGGGCAGCAAGCGGCCGUUCCAGUGCGACCAGUGCGACAAAUGUUACAGCUUCAUGGGCGGCCUCUACACACACAUCAAGGAGAUCCAUGCGACGCGCGAGCGCCGCUAUCCGUGCGACCAGCCCGGCUGCGAUCGCGUCUACACCAGCUCCAUUGCCAUGCAGAAGCACAAAAGACUGAAGCACAGCACCAAGGAGCCGGUGCGUAAGUUCAUCUGCGAGCAGUGUGGGGCCACCUUCAACCAGUCGGCCAACCUGAACUACCACCGACGCACCAAGCACCCCACCGAGGAUGAGGUGGCCGCCAGGGACAGCGGCAGCGAGCAACACUUUUGCGAGCUCUGCCAGAAGCACUUUCACUCCCGCUACACCCUGCGCUACCACACCAUGCAGCAGCAUGGCGACCAGGAGGGCCUCCUGCCGCACGUGUGCCAGGUGUGCGGCCGCCGCAUGGCCAAGAAGUUCAUGCUGCUGCAGCACAUGCUGAUGCACUCCACCGACAAGAUGCCCUGCGAGCAUUGCGGCAAGCUGUUCGCCCGCAAGUUCGAGCUGGAGGCCCACAUCCGAGCGGUGCACCUCAAGCUGAAGCCCUUCGCCUGCAAGUACUGCUCGGAGUGUUUUGCCUCGCGCAAAACCCUGCGCCACCACGAAUACAUCCACACUGGCGAGAAGCCGUAUGUGUGCGAUGUGUGUGGCCAGGGAUUCCGGCAGCAGACGUGCCUCAAGAACCACCGCAAGGUUCACGACAAAUAGGAGACACACACGCUGGAAUUGUCUGUCAAACAAGUGAAAUUUAAUUAGCAUUAGUCAAUACAAUAGUUCUUACAGAAUAUAGUUGUAGUUUAUGGGUGGGGGUGGUUAGUCCGCAGCCUUUGCCUGAUUGGCCGGCGGCUUCUGCUCGCGCUCUAUGUAGACGGGCAGAUCUUCGAGCGGCUUGUAGUACAGAUGCACCGCCUGGGAUCCGGCCAUCAUGGCCAGCAUUGCGCUGGCCAGGAACUUGCUGUAUUGAGCCCACGACACGCCAGCGGGCAUGAUUCCCUCAGUUAUGCGACUACUGCUGCUGCUGCUGCUGCUGUUGCUGCUGAUGAUGCUGCUGCUCCUCCACGUAAUUCUUGGCCUGGCGACGCUUAAAAGUACUAUCUGCAAGCGGAAAAUACCCAGAUUAGACAGGGACAGAAGACGCAGAUGCACAGAAAACGGCGGGGAAGGGCACAUACAGAAAUUCGUUUCGCCCACCGUCCAGUUGAUCAUGGAGAACUCAAGGGCGGCGCCCAGCACAAAGAAGAGCGGCAGGAAGCGGUAGAUGCCAAAGCGUCGCUUGCCGGGCCAACUGUCGAGCAGACGUCGCACGGAGCCGCUAUAUAGAUUCAUGUGUCUGGCCGCAGCGAGGGGGAAUUAUAUAAUUUCGUGCUGACUGCUGGCGGUUAAUGUGCGCGGGCGUUUGUCUGCUUUGGCCGCUGCGGAUUCAAGCAUCCAUCAAACUCUGUCUGCCCUCGAAGCAGCUAACGGAAACUCAGCAAGUUAGCUGGGAAUUUUUAAAUUUUUUAAAAAAGUUCUGUGCUUUUUGUACCGUCGCUAU